UCCCCCCGCGCCCGCGCCGUCGCCCCAACAUGGCGGCGCCCAGCGGCAGCGGCGGCGAUGGCGGCCCGGCCCGGUACUGCCUGGUCAGCGGCAUCCCCGCCGCGCUCCGCUCCGCGCACCUCCGCGCCUACUUCAGCCAGUUCCUGGAGGCCGGCGGCUUCCUCUGCUUCCACUACCGCCACCGUCCCGAGCGCCCGCCGGCGGCGGCGGGGCCGCGCACCUGCUCGUGCCUGGUGUCGGUGAGGCCCGGCCGCGCCCGCCGCUUCGUCCGCAUGUACUCGGGGAAGCGCUGGGUCGGGCCCGGCGGGGCCGCGCUGCCCGGCCGCUGCCUCAUCCACAGGGUCCGCCUGAGUCCCGCGACAGGCUCAGAGGCGUCUCCCAGCAGCCAGGACCAGACGGCUGCCGGGGAAUCUGUGACAGAGGCGGAGCUGAAGCGCCUGCCCGAGUUCAACCCCCCCUCCUUCAUGCCUUUUGGGAACGUGGGCACCCCCCUGAGCGUGUUCCUGGAGCUGAUCCGGGCCUGCCGGCUGCCUCCCCGGAUUAUCAAGAAGCUGCAGCUGGAUUUCCCAAAGACUGGCUCAUCCCGGAGGUAUGGGAAUGUGCCCUUUGAAUACCAGGACACUGAGACAGUGGUGGAGGAAGGAGGAGUUUACACGGCUGCAGGGGAUGAGAUCACCGAGGGAGAGGGGCCCGAGCCAACCCCGGGGGUGACUCACCCAGCCGGGCCCGAGGAGGAGGAGGAGAGGCAGCAGGAGGAAGAGGAGUCUCACUCAGAUGAUGACAAUGACACCUGUGAGGAGUGGGAGCGGCACGAGGCCCUGCACGAGGACGUGACCAAGCAGGGCCGUGUGGAGGAGCGGCUCUUCGAGGAGGAGAUCGAGCUCAAGUGGGAGAAAGGAGGCUCUGGCCUCGUGUUCUACACAGAUGCCCAGUUCUGGCAGGAGGAGAACGGAGACUUUGACGAGCAGACAGCGGACGACUGGGACGUGGACAUGAGCAUCUACUAUGACAAAGAUGGAGGUGAUAAGGAUGCUCGGGACUCAGUGCAGAUGUGGCUGGAGCAGCGGCUCCGGGAUGGGUUGGAGGAGGGGUCUGUGUCAGGGCAGCAGAUUGGAACCUUCGAGAGAUACACCAAGGGCUUUGGCAGGAAGGUGCUGGAGCAGCAGGGCUGGACAGAGGGCCUGGGCCUGGGGAGCAGCAACUCUGGGAUGGCUGAAGCUCUGGAUAACGAGGGUCAGAACCCCAGAUGCAAGAGGGGGCUGGGGUACCACGGGGAGAAGCUGCCAACCUUCCUCAAGGGGAAGAAGCCCCGGAGGGACAAUCCCAUCCUCAUCUCCACCAUCUACGACGACCCUGAGCCCCAGGACAUGGGGGACCAGCUGCUCCGGCGCCAGCCCCCCACUGCCAUGAAGUACAGGCAGGACAUGGCCUUUGUCCGGGCGUCCCACCCUGCCCUGGGCAGCCUCAGGUCCCAGUCCCACUGAGCAGGGACUGCCACAGCCUUGGUUUCUGCUCCCCAAUCCAGGCUGGCUCCUGGUCUCGGGGGUGGAGCAAAGUGUUUAUAUUUUUUAAUUUAUUUUUAGAAUUUUUUUUGUUUUAUUUUAGAAAGAUUUUGUAAUAAAAAUUUCCUCAGCAGGGGUUGUUUUUUCUUCCCUCCUAAUUGAACUGUU